AUGCACGACCGAAGGAUCAAAGUCGAAGGCUGCAGCUUUUCAACAACGCAAUUGACCAUCAAAAAUGCUUUUGAAGACAUUGGUGAUGUUAAAGAUGUCGACAGAGUCAAAGAUGCUGAUAACAAUUGCGUUUUUUACGUAACCUUUGAAAAUGAUGGAGAUGCAGAAAUAGCCGUCGAAAAGAUGAAUGGCCAAGAUAUCAAUGGUGAUAUCGUUUCUAUCACAUUUGAAGGAGGGAACAGAAAAUAUCGUCAAACUGACAACCAGGACAAAGAAGAAGACGAUGAUGCAGACAUAUACUAUCCUGAGAGUAAGGCGCCCAAGAGGUUUAACAGUCGUCCGGAUAAACACGAUUUUCAGAAAUUUCAGAAAAACUUCAAUUACAGAACUCCAUAUGGAAUCAAUAAAAACGAGAGGAGAGAAUCAAACUACUCAAAUGAUAAGUAUUUAGAUAAAAAAUCAUACUCUCGACAUGAAGAAAAACGCGAUUAUUCACCAGAACCAAGGAAACUGAGCCAAAACGUUCAGGACAUGUAUGAUAGUCUUGUUAGGCUAUUAAUGCAAUACAAAUUACAGUUUUCAAACUAA